ACCCUAAACUCGAACCCGACCGUACUGCAACGAACCAACUCAGAAGAUUUUUGUUCUGUUGAGCUGACAAGAAAAGGGGAGAAACAACGAGAAAGUGACAGAAUCUGAGACUCUGAAGUAAAACAUGGUAUGUGGGGUCUUAGCUUCUGCUUCUGCUCCCACACAAGCACUUUCUUCCCCGUUUUCUAAACCCAGAAGCACCAGCUUUUUCUCUGCAUCGUCUUCAAGCUCUGGAAAGGUUCACACAGAUUUGAAGCUCAAAACAGUCGGAUUUUAUGGAAGAAAAGGGUCUCAGAGAAGCAUAUUUCACUGCAGUAGCAGCGCAGGACCCGGUGGACCCGGAUUUGGUGAGGGUGAUAGCAGGAGUGUUCUGGAUGCGUUUUUCUUGGGGAAAGCUCUAGCUGAAGCUAUAAACGAGCGCAUUGAGUCCGGUGUAGGCGAGUUUUUGAGCACGAUUGGUAGGCUGCAAGCUGAGCAGCAGAAGCAAGUUGACGAGUUUCAGGUAAGAAGUUCCAGUUGCCGGGGUUCGGUUUACUCAUGAAUUCUGUCUCCUCGAGAAAUUACUGCUUUACAAAUUUGUUGUCAACCCCUGUUUAUUUCUGUAUGUUGGUCGCUAUAUAUUGACUGUUACUUUUGCCCGUCAGUUUUUGAAAAGCAUACGCUUGAUUUAUUGAUUA